UGACUCAGGCAUCGAUCCGCUUGAGCUCCUCGGAGUUAUCUCGGAAUUAUCCUCUGAAACAGCUCCUUGUACGAGAAACCCCCGGGGAUGGGCGGGCAGUGCUGUGAGGCCGGGCUCGGUGGGUGGGGGUGGGCUGGAGCCCAGAGCCCCCUCGGGAGGGCUCAGGUGGGCUCUGCCGCUGUCUGCUCCGUGGUUUUUCCAGCCGUGCCCCAGAACACCUUUGGGAAGGUGUUCCUGCUGUGCUGAGCCUGCUCCUGCCAGCCCCAGUGAGAUCUUCUCUUUGGCUGCUGCUUCUGGGCUCUGCCAGCGCAGCAGCACCAUCACCUGCGGUAAUCUCCCGAGCAUCUCCACUGCGGGUGAGUCACCUGCGGCGCUGCUGUCACCAAACAGCUUAUCAGAAGUGAACGGACUGAUUUUUCCUGCUCCUCCUGAUGAUAAGAGGAUCCACGGCCACCCCGCUCUUUGUCCGGCUCUUCCGCGUUGCGCUGGGUUGUUGUCAAAGCCAGCUUGGAGUAGGUGGAGGAGGAAAGGAGGAGAGUUUGAGCCCUGGGUCACUCGGGCUGUGUGUCCCCGCCAGGGCCGGGUCACGGCUGGCAGGGCUGGGGCAGGUGGAAGGGGAGGCAGGGGGUGCCCAUGGGUACCCCGAGGGUCUGUGAUUAUCCGGGAAUAACCAGUCCCUCUGGGAUGGAGCAGUUUAGCCUGGCAGGAUGGGAGGAGGGUGAGGAGGGCAGGAGGCAGUACCCCAGGGGUGAGGGUGGCCCAGGGAGCGGGCUGGGGUCGGGGGGGCUGCUGGCCGCCCUCUGCACGCUGAUGCUGGAGCUGCUGGGUGUGCAGGAUGUGCCGAGCAGCUAAUUACCCCCUUCUCCCGUGGAAAUGCUGCUAAUUACCCCCUUCAGCUUUCCCAAGGGGCCCUGCUGCUGCCAGAGCACCCACGACCUGCAGCUCCUCAGGGAGCUGUGCCAUGGCUGUGCCAGCUCACCGUGGCAGCAGGGGCCCUGCCCGCUCCCCCAGCCUGGCCAGGGGUGCUCCUGUGGCUCUGCAGGUAAGGGGCUCCCUCCCCACUCCCACCCUGAGCAUCCAGCCCCUUUUGGAGGUGUGGGCACCUCAGCCCUGGUGGUGCCCGCGGUGCCCAGAGGAUGUGGGAUGUAGGGUGCCCCCGGAGGCUGCCCGUGGCACAUUUCAGCUUGAGAAACCUUUCACGGGCUGCAGCAGCAGGAGCUGGGCUGGCCUUGGCUCCCUGGUGCACCUGGCAGGUCCUGGCAGCCUCCCCAGAGCAUCCCGGUGGGAAGGGAUGGGAGAGCAACCCGGGAGAGGUGGCACGGAGGGGGCAGCCAGUCCUGCCCUGGGGACCCGGGGCUCUGGGGACACAGCUGGGCUUUGCAGUGCUGUGUCACAGCCUCCGGGGCUUUGCUUCCUGGAGUGUGGCUGUGUUUGCAGCCAGCCGCCCUUCCCUGCUCCCGGAGCCGGGCACGGCACAGGUUUUGGGCAUGGCACAGGUUUUGGGCAUGGCACAGGUUUCCAGGCAUGGCACAUUUCCAGGCAUGGCACAGGUUUCCUGGCACUGGGGUCGGGCAGAGGACAGGCCAGGCUGGCCCAGGGCUCUGUGUGACCAUCCCAGAUCCGCACGGACACAUCCCCAUCCCUGUGUUCUCCAGGGCAAGGGCGGUGCCAGCCCCCGGGGGCUGCAGCUCCCGCUGUCCCCUCCGUGCCCCCCAGGCAUCACCGAGUGCUGGCCUGGGCAGGGCUGCUCAGGGCUGGGCUCCGAGGUGGGGCACGGCAGGGUCAGAGGCUGGGCCUGGCACAGCAGCACCCAGCAGGGAGGAGACGUGCCCGGUUUCCAGCUGUUCAGGGUUACAGCUGUUGGUCACUUUUCCCCGCAGCCACAGCAGGCGGUUUUCCCUCUUGUUACAAACAGGAGCUGAUUGCCAAGAGACACUCUGGUUUGGGACUUGGAGACGAUCAAGUAGAGCUGUGAGUGCCUCAUUUUGGGGUGUCUGACUGGGGGCAGCUGCUGAGGGUCACCCCUGUCCGUCCCUGUCCCCUGGGUGCUGCCUGAGGCGCCCAGCCUGGCUUCUGGUGGCUCUCUGCCCCCUUCCUGGCUGCUGGCCUUGCCUGGAGGUGACAAUCAGAGGACACAGCCACUCGGGCACCUUGCCAGAGCUGGGCACACCCGUGUCCAGGCUGUCCCUGUCCCUCGGGCUCCCAGUACUCCCAGUUCAGCCUCUUCCAGCAGCGGGAGGGCAGAGCUGCCCACGCAGGCAGGGCCGUGUGCCCUGGGUCGUGUCUGCUGCAGCUCCUCUGCUUUCUCCUGAGAACCAGUUGGACCAGUGGGCCAGGACUGGUGCCCAGCCUCGCUGCAGGGAGGCAGCCGUGUCACCAGAGACGGGGACAGCCAGGACGUGCCAGGCUCCAGCACAGAGGGCUCAGCAGCAGCUCCAGGCCGGGAUAACCGAGAGCAGCUCCCGUGGGACACCAGUGGGACAUGGACCCCCGGGCAGGACAAGAGCCCCUCAAGGUGAUCGGGGUCGUCCUGGGCAUCGGGCUGGCCCUGCUCUUCCUGGCCAGUUUUGGCUACACCUUCAUCCGCUGGUACCGGCGGGGCCGCGGGCAGCGGCGGCCUGACUUUGUCUUCAGCCUGUACCACUCGCGCGGGCUGGGGUCGGUGGCACUGGAGCUGGUGCCCCCGUUCAGCAUCAGCGGCUCGCUGGGCACCUCGGGCACUGGCUACGAGCCCUUCCACAAGCAGAGGCCGUGAGGUGGCAGCUGGGCUGCUGGGCAGGCUUUGGUUGUGCUUCCUUCCCUGCUGUCCUGGCAUGGGACGUGUGGCUGGGCACAGAGGGAUGGGGCUGGAGCUCGGGUGCUCUUGCAGAGCUUCCUCUCCCUGCCUCUUACUCUCAGCCCAGCCCCAACAGAAAAAGCAACCAAAACUGCCUGGGGGAAUUCCUCCGUUUUCACUUCUGUAAGAAACAGCCCCUGAAAUUGUUGGAUUCCAACCGAAAUGGAAAGGGCGCAGUUUCUGUUGCUAAAAAAACUUCCCAGAAUCACAGAGUCCUUGGGGCUGGAAGGGACCUCUGGGACCACCUGGUGCCCAAGGUGACCUGGAGCAGGUGACACAGGAACACCCAGGUGGGUUUGGAGCAUCUCCAGAGAGGGAAACUCCACAAUUCCCGGGCAUCUCCUCCAUCUGCAGUUCUCA